AUGGCCAGAGGGCUCUUCAUGGGAAAACCGCGUGCCCCGCGGGAAACAGACAUCUCCAACCCCAUCUUCAAGUAUUCCGAUACGCUACCACGAAAUAAUAUCAAGGCUUUGGCGAAUGGUAGCACGACUUACCAUCGUCCUAUCCAUCCAACCCAUUCGGACUCCCAGCGUCCUCAAACAGCGGAUGGACGCCAGCAGGAGCACAAUGUAGAGAUACCAGGUCCCGGGUUCGAUUUUCGCAUCGCGGUGCCUCCCGCUGAAGCCAUCUCAUCGCCAACAGCCAGCGAGAAUGGCUCGGAGGAAAAUACGAUCGGGAUCGCUCUAGGUAGUCCCCGUUUGGUGGAUAGACAAAACACCUUUUCGCAAAUGCAGGAGAAAGCGCUGGAAGCUGCACGCGAACGCCCCAAAGCCCCGCCCCUCCAGCGAAAGCCGAGCAAAUGGAGGAAAAUCGGCGGCUUGUUCAAGGCGAAGAAUGCCGUAGCCUCAGGCGCGACCCAGCCGUUUUACCAGGUCCAGGCUCAUGGCAGUCAGGAGGCGCCUCUUCCGCAGGGUUCUUCUCAUUCUAUUGACUAUCAGUCUCGCGAAGAGAAGUCCAAGCCUAUCACGAAUACAGAGGCUUGGCCGUGCCUACAGCUGGAGACCAAGCCGGACGGAGAGAAGCAGCAAAACACCAAUGGUGUAUGUAGGUCUGCCCAGGAUAAGCAUGAGCCAAAGUCGGGGUCCUUACUGCAGGUUGAUAUCCCCAGUGUUGAGAUGGAACGAUACAGCGUUAUGUUUAGCGCGCUGCUCGACAAAAAAGAGCCCACCCCGUUAAACAGGCGCAGCAAAACCCUAGAAGACAGGAACGCCCCCAAUACCGAGGCGUUGCCGCCAUCACCAGAAUUGUUUCCGCCUCGACGAAGGGCCACCUCGCCAGCGCGCUCAAAUUCCCCCAGACUCACAUUAUUCCCAACAACACAGAAAAGCAAAGCUUCAAAAGUCCUUGGCACCCAAAACCUACCGCGAGGUCCCAGUCCUUGGCCCCGGAACCAAGUCUCUAGGGCAGAUUCGCGUCAGGAAGACUUGUCGGAUGAAGAAGACCAUAUUUUCCUCAUGGUUCGCAAAGAAGCCCUGGGCUCACAUAAGCACCAGGUGUCAGUAUCCUCUAUUAUCUCGACCACCACCACCGGCUCGGAAGAUGAAAAAUUUCUUCUACAAAAGCUCAGGCCUGUUCAAACCUACGUCGACCCUCAAGGGGAGCCUCAAUGGGAGAUGAUCGACAGGAGAAAGCCCUCUAUCAACGAAGCAAAGCAGAAAUCAACACCGACGCUCUCACUCAAAACUCAAGAGCUAUCACCCGAACCAGCUCGCGCCGACUCAACCGCAUCAUCUCCGAUUCUCUCGCCUCUUGCUGCUGUCCAGCAAAGAUUUUCCCCGCUAUCUCCUUCGGAAAGCAGCAAAACGGCAGUUUCCCCAGCAGACACUCUCCGCAUGCCACUCAGUAAUGAGACCAAGAGCGAAGGUAGCAAGGCGACAGAUGAACCCGUGAGUCCCAUCCCAGACCAGGAACCUGAGCCUGAGCCAGAGUCAGACUCAGAACCCGAACCCGAGCCGGACCAAGAACCAGAGCCAGAGCACGAAUCAGCCGAACCCCUCCCGGCCAUAGAAAUUUCCAUCGCAAGGUCCGUCUCCGUGUCAAAGAGAAAGCAAGUCUUAGUCCCAGUUGGGCGUCGACCCGAUCGUCUCGCUCCCAGGGCCCGAACUCCCCAGGUGAUGAACGGGCAAUACGGCCAUCGACAUGGCAAUUCUCAAGAUGCACGUAUCGAAAGCGUAUAA